ACUGCUUGAUGUUUGAGAUGCGCCAUGCAGUCUGACUAAUCUAUUUUCAACUCUUGCAACUGCAACUACGGACCGACGACGCAAGGCGACAUAAGUGCAAUUGAUAAUUAUUCAAAACGAAUUCUAGUGGACUGGCCUCUGUGUCGCUUGACAGCUUCUAGAAACUUUGGAGGGACAUUUUUCUAAAUUGGUGGUAACACAAGACCACGGAACGAUUUCACGGGUUUUUGAGUAUUCUUGACCACUGCAGGCUAAUCAAAAUAUACAUGUAAUUUAUUUUACUGCCACCCUCUCUUAAAAAAAACACGUGACAACUGCAAUCACUGCAUUCCUGCGAGUCCAGGUUUAGGAAUUGUCACACAUUUGCAAGUAUCGGCUACCUUGUUUCAGUCGAUCCUGGGACAAACGCGGUGUGGCUGGAUGUUGCAGGCGGUGGGUCAGUGAGCGCGAGGACCAAGUACCUCUACGAAGUCCCCAACUCCCGACCUAUCUUACCUGAUGCCGUGCAUGAUGAUUGUCCUUGGAAUACUUAUGAAUGUCCUCAGUCAUGGCAGCGUGCUGUCAGGCUCUAUAGACUGUCAGGAGGCUGAGCGAGGCUGUGUACAGGAUCAGGACUGUACGGCAGUGUACAGGGUGCUGGAGUACUGUGCUGCUGAGGAGGCCGUGUCUCCCCUGGGCCCAGACGCCCGGGGGGAGUGUCUGGAGGCCCAGAGCGCCCUGCAGCAGUACCGCCCCCUCCAGGCCUGCAAAUGCCAGCGUGGCUCCCGCCGGGAGGAGCUGUGCCUCAGGGUCUACUGGACCGUCAGAUUCGCUGUGUAUAAUGAGUACGAGGUGUCUCCGUAUGAAGAUCUGGAGGUGGAGUUUGUGAGGCACAUAGAGAUGUCACGCAUGGCCUCCAUCGUGGCAGCCUCCUCUUUUCCUCUGGAUGGGCAGAACCAGUGUCUGAAAGCAGCCCAGGACUGUGGUCUGUAUGAGAAGUGUGGUUCUCUGAGGUCGGAGUAUGUUGUAGCCUGCACCAAGCGGGCUCCGGGCUCCGACGGCAGCUGUAACAGACAGAAGUGCCACCGGGCACUGCGGCGCUUCCUGGAGCGGGUACCAGAGGAGUACAGCUUCGCCCUGCUAUUCUGUCCCUGCUCUGAUGCCCUCUGUGGGGAGCGCCGGCGGAAGACCAUCGUACCGUCGUGUUCCUAUGAGGAGAGAGACAGCAAACCCAACUGCCUCAGCCUGCAGGGCUACUGUGCCAGGGAUGAGCUGUGUAGAUCUCGUCUGGCUGAUUUCCAGCACAACUGCCAGCCCUCGUCACAUUCUCCCUCUGGCUGCAUGAGAGAGAGUGGAGCCGUCUGCCUUAAGGCCUACGCCGGGCUCAUAGGCACCAUCAUGACCCCCAACUAUGCCAACAAUCUCAGUAUGGACGUGUCCCAGUGGUGCACCUGUGAGGGAAGUGGGAACCAAUGGCAGGACUGUCUGCGCAUCAUGAACAUGUUCCACAGAAACGUCUGUCUGCGUAAUGCUAUCAGUUAUUUAGGUGGCUCUUCCCCUCGCCCUGUGGAGAGCACCACCCUGCCCCCUCGUCACCACGCAUCAGCCACCCCCUCUCCACACAUCUUUCAGGACAAGGACAAGAUCAAUGUCAACGUCAACAUUUUAUCAGAACGCAACAGUGUGGAGGACAGCGACGAAGAGGAGGUAGAGGAGGAAAGCCAGGAAUUCAAUGUUAUCCCACUGUAUUCUGAGAAGGAGAAGUCUAGUGUGGGCUCCGGGACCCAAGGAGGCCGUAGAGGAGCGGCAAGCCAGACAGCACCCAUGCUGCCCCUGCUGCUGCUGCCUGCUGCUAUGCUGGGCUGGUGGUGUCCGGUAUAACCAGCCCCCCUACUACCCCUCUUACGAUCAGCUACAGUAUCACAUUCACUGGGUCACCUCCACCAUGGCACUGAGACUGAUGAGGAGACUUAAGGCUGAGGGAAGAACAACCACAAUGAGGAAAUGGACAUUCACACCUUUCUAUUAUGGCACUCUGUCUUACAUUCAUUUCAUGCUUUCUGUUUUCCUUUGUUACUUUCCAUCAUUAUUUUUCUGCAAUCUCUCUCUCUCCUGCUCCGACUGCUCAUGGUCUUUAGUAGUCCUAGCUGCCCAUCUCUUAGCUCUUCUCUCUCACAUCAGUACACAUGGAGUUGAACAAGCUGUGCAGAUAAAUAAAUAAAUGGAUGAAUUAAUAAGGUCUGUCUGGAGGAAUCGAUGUGGCUGUCUGUCCAGUGCCUGCCUCAAGAUUGGGCAUCCAGCUCCACUCUCCCUCUUCAUGAGGAACCCACAUCGCCCAAGGCCAGUAACAACACCUAUCUCAAAGAAAACAUGACCAAUGAUUGGUGGAACCAUGAUAGUUCAUUCCUUUUGAUAUAUCUUCAUAUAUCUUCAUAUCUUCUCUCUCCUUUGUUAUCUUCCCUUAUUUCAUCAUGCUAUGUUCCCUUGGAUAGCAGGGUUGUUGGGUAAGCCACUUUGUCUAUGCUGUCUUUGCCAUAAGCCAAUAACUAAAGAAAAUAUAGAUUGAGGGAUGAUGUUGUUUUGUAGUUCUUCCUCCUAUCUCUAUGUUGCUCCCUUUGUUUGCUUCCUUCUUCAUCACUUCAGACUAGAUGCCACUGGUCCGUUGUUUCCCCUCUCUAGUUCAUACACCACUUAUUCUCCGCUUAGUUGAGGUCUGAAAAUUCCACCACAGGCACAAUGAGACAAAAUUCUAGUAAUGACAACGGUCGAGGAAAGCGGAAUAAGCAAUAAAACAUGAAAUCAGAUAGCUCAGCGGGCAGGUGCUGAGACCGUCUGGGUUUGGGCUCAGGGGAGAGAGGAACCAAUUUACUGCUGUCUGAGGUUCACAAAUGCUUUCUGUCCCUAGGUGUUGUUAUAGUUUUGGAGAGACAAUAUCACACUUAGCCAUGCUUUUCCUGACUGUGUUUGAUCAGGGAGAAAGUGGGGAGAUGGGGUACUAUAGAGACUCUGGCAACUCUGACCAUUGAGCAUCACAUUGAGCCUUCUCUCUCUCUCUCUCUCUCUCUCUCUCUCUCUCUCUCUCUCUCUCUCUCUCUCUCUCUGCCUGAUAAAUCUUUUGCUGAUGUCAAUGAUUUUUUUUCUUGCAUCACUAAUUUUCUUGUGAACAUGGAGAAUUAGCUCCCACCUGAGUGGAAGUAGGUAAAAUACUGUUGGUAAAGGGGGACCUACUUUACUGUGGAAUUGUGAACGUGACGUUUAUUUAUCGACAUCUUUCCCUUCUUGAGGGAGAUGUUAGAUAAGACUCAUGUUCUCACAGAUAAUACAUGAUGCUUAAAAGAGAUAAAUAUUUACUGGGCAUAUCAGUGCUACAGCAGCAUACCACCCUGCAUCCCACUGCUGGCUUGCCUCUGAAGCUAAGCACGGUUGGUCCUGGAUGGGAGACAAGAUACUGCUGGAAGAGGUGUUGAAGUACCAGUAGGGGGUGCUCUUCCCUCUAAGGAGACCCCAUGGCUGUGAAGGGGACACUGCCAUGCAUAUGGUGCUGAAUUUUUGACAAUUUUUAGGGCCUUUCUCUGACACUGCCUGGUAUACAUGUAGAGGUCCUGGAUGGCAGGAAGCUUGGCCACAGUGAUGUACUGGGCCGUAAGCACUACCCUCUGUGGUGCCUUGCAGACAGAGGCCAACGAGUUGCCAUACCAGGCAGUGAUGCAACCAGUCAGGAUGCUCUCGAUGGUGCAGCUGUAGAACCUUUUGAGGAUCUGAGGACCCAUGCCAAAUCUUUUCAGUCUCCUGAGGGGGAUUAGGUUUUGUAGUGCCCUCUUCACGACUGUCUUGGUGUGCGUGGACCAUCAUAGUUUGUUAGUGAUGUGGACACCAAGGAACUUGAAGCUCUCAACCUGCUUCACUACAGCCCCGUCAAUGAGAAGGGGGUGUGCUCGUUCCUCCUUUUCCUGUAGUCCACAAUCCUCUCCUUUGUCUUGAUCACGUUGAGGGAGAGGUUGUUGUCCUGGCACCACACAGCCAGGUCUCUGACCUCCUCCCUAUAGGCUGUCUCAUCAUUAUCUGUGAUCAGGCCUACCACUGUUGUGUCAUUAGCAAACUUAAUGAUGGUGUUGGAGUCGUGCCUGGCUGUCCAGUCAUGAGUGAACAGGGAGUACAGGAGGGGAGUGAGCACACAUCCCUGAGGGGCCCCCGUGUUGAGGACCAGCGUGGUGGACGUGUUGUUACCUACCCUUACCACCCGGGGUCGGCCCGUCAGGAAGUCCAGGAUCCAGUUGCAGAGGGAGAUGUUUAUUCCCAGGAUCCUAAGAUUAGUGAUGAGCUUUGAGGGCACUAUGGUGUUGAACGCUGAUCUGUAGUCAAUGAAUAGCAUUCUCACAUAGGUGUUCCUUUUGUCCAGGUGGGAAAGGGCAGUGUGGAGUGCAAUAGAGAUUGCAUCAUCUGUUGGGGCGGUAUGCAAAUUGGAGUGGGUCUAGGGUCACUGGGAAAAUGCUUCUGUGAGCCAUGACCACCCUUUCAAAGCACUUCAUGGCUACAGACGUGAGUGCUACAGGUCUGUAGUCAUUUAGGCAGGUUGCCUUAGUGUUCUUUGGCACAAGGACUAUGGUGGUCUGCUUGAAACAUGUUGGUAUUACAGACUCAGACAGGGAUAGGUUGAAAAUGUCAUUGAAGACACUUGCCAGUUAGUCAGCGCAUGCUCGGGAGUACACGUCCUGUUAAUCCAUCUGGCCCUGCGCCCUUGUGAAUGUUGACCUGUUUAAAGGUCUUACUCACAUCGGCUACGGAGAGCCACAUUACCUGGUAAAAUAAGGGUCAAUAAAUAAAUAAUUGCAUCAUCUGCCACCAGUGUCUAAGAAUGGAUGGGACCAGGGUGAGGGGAGUAGCUGUGACUUCAUUCUGAGUGUUAAUUAAGCAGGCAAGAUGGCAUAAGUGGAGCUCAACACCCUCUCCAAUCUGGACAGUGACGUUCAUGAUGACUGUUGUUGUUUUUUAAUAGGCAGUCAUUUCUCACUGCUUGGCAAUGGAUCAUUAUGCUAGUGAUCGUCAAAGUGAGUGACAGCACCAGAGAGGAUAUGAGAGCGGCAAGCCUUGAUUUACACACUGAAACAUCCUAAGUAAAUAUGAGCAUAAGCCAUACAAGCAAACAGCAAGAGUUAUCGAGCGUGCCAACUCUGAAUUUUUAAUGUUUGUACAGCUGUACACAUAUUUCCCUCCCCGGCCCAAAUGCUUUUAAUAAUAUCCAAAGAUGUCUGAUUUUGCGUUCUAUUAUCAUACCCAAUGCAGAGUUGAUACAGUUUUUUCGUACUAAAAUAAAUCCACGGAUAAAGGGAGAGGUAGGGAGGGAGGGAAUGAGAAAGUGAGAGUGGGGGAUUUGGGAGAAUGACCGACAUAGAUGCAGAGAGACUUAGAGAGAGAGAGAAAGACGGCGAUGGCUUCUAAGGCUCUCAGUAGCAUUAGUGUUGUCGUCAAGCCACUGAGAUGUAUUCUGGUGCCUGUGGCUACGAGGCGAAUGUCUGUUCCACUGCACUACCUCUGUGCUUUAAUGUGCCUUCACCUCAGUUUCUCCUCACAGACAGACAGCGCCACUCUCCCAUACAUACUGUACAUUCCCAUCUCUGUCUGUCCUCAGGUCCAUGUUACGAUCAACUGCUACCCCUCACAGACAGACAGCGCCACUCUCCCAUACAUACUGUACAUUCCCAUCACUGUCUGUCCUCAGGUCCAUGUUACGAUCAACUGCUACCCCUCACAGACAACAUGCCUCUACGUCUACUACUACUUCUGCCCAUCUUUUCCUUUCAUGUGGAAACAACAAACACUGCACCAUCAAAUACGUGCAAAGAUUGCCUUGGUUAUUGUUGCUAUGUAUACUUUAAACCAAAAAUGUACAUACAUUUGUGUGGUUUUGUUUUCUCUUGUUGUCGUUAUAAUCCUUGAGAUUGGACUGUGUCAUAUAGGGUUGUGUCUUCCCUGUUACAUCCCAUAUUGGAUCUUAUGUAAUUCCUCUUGUAACUGUUUAUAUGCACUGAUUACGGUGAAGCGUCAGUCAGUCUCUGUGUCUGUAACAGUGUAAUCCUGUUGUUCUGUUUGUGUUGCUGGCGUUGGCACAGGUCUAAAACAGGAACGACAGCACCUCCAUAGCUUGACCUUGAUGUCCAUGUUGAUGGUCAUUUUAAGUCGAGUAUAUGAUGAUCAUCAUGUUCCACAUUAGAAUCAAACUGCUCAUUUACUCAGCCAAUGCCACCAAGUCCAUCUCAGUCGUGUGAAAUAGGAUUAGCGGUCUGAAUCACACCACUCCUGAGAGUUGUUGCACUCUGUGGAAACGGUGUAAGACCACUUCUUGAACGUGAUCCUCAGUUGGCAGGCUGGUUAAUACAUUCAACUUGAGCAGUUGCCUGCCUCUCUGCCAGCCUUCUAGAAAAGUUUUGGGCUCUGUCCAUUAGUAUCAAAAUGGUUGACAUUUAGAAAAUGGACCCGUUAUUUAUGGCUGAGGCCAGUGAAAGACUUAGAAAUGAUACAUGUAACAUAGUAAAGCGCAUUGCACUGAAGUGCCUAUGAAUACUUCAGUUGGAGCGAGGAACGAAGGACUCUAGGUGGUCUGAGUUGAACAUGAAACAGCCACUGGAUUAGCAGAAACAUUAAUCCUUGUUUUAAUAAUGAGUUUUUCUAGAACUUCAGAGAGUUCAGGAAUGCCAAAAUGUCCCAGCCAUCAGCGCUGUUUUAAGCCACACAGUGCACUGCUCACCCCUACCCGUGUCACCAUCCAUCCACCUCCUUGGCCAUGAGUUCAGUCUGGCCCGAUUCCUAGCUGGUGAAAUGGGUUUACAAUCAGGUGUGAUCUCUGUGUGGUUCUUCAUUAAGAGUGAGAAAUGUACAAUGCUGUGUGAAAAAACAACUACAUACAAUAAUAAUAAAAAAAUCAUCAAUUAA